AUGUCCCCCGCGCCCCCCGCCCCCCGCCCUACCUUCAGGGUUGGACCAUGGCCUCCUAUCUUUCGCCGCUUCACAAACACCACCGGCACGUCGGUUUCCGAGGUCAGCUCCGAGAGCGCUCUCUCCAGGCCCCUGGCGUCCUCUGCGGCACAAAAGCAGAGAGGGGCGCGGGUCAGUCUCGCCGCCCCGGGCCGCGGCGGGAAGUGCACGGCGGGGGCGGGGCUUCCGCGUCCCCGACCGCGCCGCCCCCUGCCUCGGCCCAGGGCCCGAGCCCCUCUCCCCGCACACCUGCGCGCGGAGGCCGCAGGGUCCCCGGCCGCCUCCCGCACCCGAGGUCCCGCCGCGCUCAAAUCCUGGCGGCCUCGCCGGACCAGACGCCCCGAAUCCCGAGGGCGAGCGGAAGGAAGCCACCAGCCGACAAGGGCCGGCCGGUCUCUCCCCAGCCCAGGCUCGGCUUCCACCGACCCACGCGACACAAUGAACGCGGCCCGCAAGAGCACCGCCUUACACCAAGCUUCACCCCUACUCAGACACACCUCAAAACAUCCCUUUCCGUGGUUCGAAGCGCACCCGACAGACGGCUGCCCACGUCCCCAGCCUCGCAGCCCCAGAGGCUGGCAGCCCUACCCGAGUUUCUGGGUCCCCACCGCUUACGUGAAGGGGAGCGCCGGAUCACCAGGCUCUUCUGGAGGGCGGCCCCCCACCUUCCGCUCGGAGGCACUGCGGAGACACUGCGAGAGACUGCUGCAAACCGAGGGGAAGGGUGGCGGGCUCCCCGCCGCCACGAGAAGCCACGCCCUGCUCGGAGCGGGCUGCCGGGCCGCCAGAGUCAGAAUGACAAAGCAGAAAUCCACUCCGGUGCAGCCCUGGCGACUACGCCAACGGGCUUAGCGAAGCGAGACCUCCUAAUUGGGUGACACCACAUCCUCUUCCUGCUCAGAGCGCCCCCAACCCAAGGAAAGAGCAAAAACAACGUAAGAAUGUUUGGAACCAGAACGCAGAGACAAGUGUGUUUUAAUUAAGCAAAACUGGACCGUGCCUUAAGGCAGUGACUCGGGAACUUUGCUGCCCAUUGUGAUCACGAGAGGAUCUUGAAGAACACCGACGCCUCACUCCCACCCCCAGACAUUCUGGGUGAAUGGGUAUUAGGUGUGACCCGGGCGGGCAUCCGAGGGGUUUUUGUUUUUGUUUUUAACUCCCUGGGUGAUUCUAGUGAACUGCAAAGUUUGGGACCCUUUGCCCUAGCGUAAUGGACUUGUCAGUCUGGCAGUUCUCUAAAGGAAAUUACCAGGCUUUUAAAAGAAACAUCUAGUCCAUUCUGACUAAUCCUGAAAAGUGACAAAUUCUCACCAACACAUAACUUCCCCGUAUGUCCUUCCUCCUUAACCCACUCAGGUUUUGGGUUGUCACGUCUGUUUUAGCGAAAACAGCAUAUUUAACUCCAGUCAUGCCAAGCCACCUGCAGCUGCCCAAGUGAGCCAUGCUCUCUCAUACUUCCUGCUCUUACUCCUAUUCUUACUCAGCACCUUGGAUCAGUAGGGAAGUAGGAAUAUUUGCUGAAUAAAUAAAUGAAUGAAUGAAUG